UUUAGGUUGUUCAAAUUCAACAUAAAUAGGUUCAAAACAUGCAGCAAGUUCCCAGAAUCUAGUGAGGAAUGCAUUCAAGCUGAGUUAAUAGUAGAUCAGUGAUUUAAACUGAUUAGCCUUGGAUUAGUCAGUUCAAUUUCUAAUCCAAACCAACGUUCUGCAUGUGGCUCAUGCUAAACAAUGCAUUGUCUUUUAUUGCCGUUUCUGUGAACAACUCCAGAGGGAAGUCAUGUGUUGUCUUUAGAGCAUAUUUGCAUUGAGCAAGAUGCCCAACAUAUACACUUUGAGAGAACUUUUCAGUGGCCAGUGGUCAUCUAAUACACGACUCGAUGGCAAAACAGUCAUUAUCACUGGAGCAAAUACUGGCAUUGGAAAAGAAACCACAAGAGACCUUGCAAAACGCGGGGCCAGGAUAAUAAUGGCUUGCAGAGACCUUGAAAAAGCAGAAAGAGCACGUAAAGAGAUCAUGGAGGACUCGGGGAACCAGAAUAUAGUGAUAAAAAAACUAAACUUAUCUGACACAAAGUCAAUCAGAGAAUUUGCUGAGGUAAUCAGCAAUGAGGAGAGAGCACUCCACAUACUCAUUAACAAUGCUGGGAUCAUGAUGUGUCCCUACUCUAAAACAGCAGAUGGUUUUGAGAUGCAGUUUGGUGUCAACCAUUUGGGUCACUUCCUGUUAACCUUCCUGCUAAUUGAUCUGCUAAAGAGAUCUGCGCCCUCAAGAAUCAUCAACCUUUCCUCCAUGGCUCAUAGUUGGGGCACUAUAACACUUGAUGAUAUCAAUAGUGAAAGGAAUUACCACAGUAGGAGGGCAUAUGGUCAGAGUAAAUUGGCCAACAUCCUUUUCACCCGUUCCUUGGCUAAAAAACUCAAGGACACAGGUGUCACAGCAUAUGCAGUCCAUCCAGGAAUUGUGCGAACAGAACUUAAAAGACACAUGAAUCUCGGACUUCUAAUCAUGUGGAAAGUUGUCAGACCUUUCACAAAGACCCCAGUGCAAGGAGCACAAACUACCAUCUACUGCGCAGUACAACCAGAACUAGACACAGAAAGUGGCGGUUACUACAGCAACUGCAGACCUUCAAGAUGCACCAGAGCUGCUAGAGAUGAUGAAAUGGCUGAGAAACUCUGGGAGCUCAGCUGCAAAAUGUUAGGUAUUCUUUGGGAUGGAGCGCAAUGAGUGGAAUUUUCUUUGUUAUACAUGAACAACUCAGUAUACCCAUCAAUAUUUGUAUUAUUUAUAUUAUUAUUAAUUACAAUUCAUGUCCAAGCAAAAUGCCAUGACACAAAUCUCAUCAACAAAUAUUUAAUUUUCAAUUCCAUGUUUUUAUUUCAAAGUUAAAUGUCAACACGUUUGUCCAAAUGGAAUAAUAAUUAUUUUCCAUUCUUGCAAAAAAAAAAAAAGAGAGAAAAAAAAAAGUAGCUCACCAUUUGCAUUAUUAAAUCAAAACCUUUUGGAUAGCAGCCAAAAUGGUCUAGGUUCUGAUAUAGGCAAUCACAUUAUAUGGCAAGCAUAACAUUUCCCAUAUACUGACAUUAAAGUCAAGUUCAGCUGUUCAAUUUUUCCUUAACCACCACUCUGCUUAACGACACAGUUUUGUGGGAACCAAGCUAAUUUGUCCUCUUAUCCACAAACCCUCAGAAUGAGUCCUGCUACAUCUCUUUUUAAUGUGUUUUGGUGAUUUCUGGUCUUUAUCUGAUCUGUUUGUAAAACAUGUUAAAUCUGAUCUGUGUGUAGCUACAUUGAGUUUCAAUUAGCCUAUGCCAAGCAGUUGAGGAUGUCUCCAUGUAUAUUUAAAGGUGCUAUAUGUAAUUUUUAGUGGCCUCUAUCAGUGAUGUUUCAGAUUGCAACCAAGUUUUACAAGAGCGUUCGUCCUCUUGCGCGAACACGAGCGAGCACUCAUGGUACACGGCCACACCGUGACUUUCAACACACCGGAGAAAGCAUCACACAACAUGCUGGAAACUCAUGUAAACUCCCACUGCAACGUUACAAUAAAAAUAUCUUUCACAAUCAGCAAUGUCAACAUAGGUGAUUGUAGAAUAUGAUAAAGAAAACGGUCAGUGAACUAGACUGAACAAUUUCAGUGUAACAGUAAGAUUGUAACAUUACUAAACGUGUCUGGAAAUGUGUAUUAUAAACAAUAUGAUAGUAGUGGGAUGAGUCACAUUUGACAGUAGAUCUAAAUAAAAGUUAAAUCCUGAAGCACCUACUUUUUAUUAUCCUGAAACAGUCUUUUGUGUUCAUUUCAUGUCCCUUAUAUGUUGUGGUUUUUCUUGCUAUUUCGUUACAGUUUACCAUUAUUUCAGCAUAUCUGAAAACUCAAUUUAUCACAAAAAAAUUGCAGAGGUCUCUCCAUAAUUCAAAUGCUCUGCCGAUGUUGAUCCUUGUUUUCAUCCUAAGUCGAUCCGAUUCACGUUUGGCCUGACGAGUUUCAGGAGAUACAUUUUUAUUUAGUUUUUUUAUAUUUACAUGGAGUUUGUGUUGGAGUCUGUGUUGUGCUGGAGGCAGGCCGUUUUUUGGUGUUAUCAGACUCCGCGUCGUUAGCUGCAGUGCCGUCGCAUAGACUGUAUAUGAAAAGGAGAGAGGCUCGGGAGCGCAUGCACGGCACAUCCGAUGGA